AUGGCAGCUCCAUGGGACAGCUCAAGGAGAAGGGGACUCCCUCCUGGCAGUUACAAGGACAGGGCCCAGGGUCUCAUCCCAGGUAGAGGGAGUGGGAAGGCCUCUGUGGACCCACUCAAAGGGCUGGACAGUAGUGCCGUGUUCCCCCAGUCAUGGCUUGGGUCUUCACAUGCUGCCAAGUCCACCAAGAAGCCCCUCAAAGUGGGGACCAGCUCAGCCACUCUGGCUCUGGGCCAGCUGCCUUUGGAUGAGCUAUUGUUCAUCAUUAGACCAGCAGCACUUCCAAGUUUACGAAUCCAGAACCUCAGUCCAGCCACCUGGGCAGAAAAUAUUCCUUGCAGCAAGCCAGGUCCGAGCCCCGCCCGUCCGCGCCCCGCCCACCCGGAGAUCCGAACCCAGGAGACCGCAGGGACCCCAGCAGGAUUCAUUCGCUGUCUCGGUCUCAGCGAGUUCUGCAACUGCGCCUUUAGCCUGGUCCUCGCCCGCUUCCUCUGCCUCUCCCGCCUCUGCCCGCGCGUGUUCUCUUGCCUCUGUCGCACAUGUAAGAAGGUGAAGUUGGGCGAAUUCCCGUCCCCAACUGGCGUCCGGUCCCCCUCGGCGGGAGACAGGCGCCGUCCCGCGCCGCCCGCCCGGCCGCAGCAAGCACGUUCUGCUUCCCGGCCGCGGUUCCUUCGGAAGCCACUCCGCGCCUCACCUGGAACCCCCCGGCUCGGGGUCGCGAUGCAGCCCACGGCCGCCGCCACCACGCUCUCGGGGCGCUCGGGGCUCCUGUUCCUGCUGUUUCUCCUGCGGCUGCUGCGCGGGAUCACGGCGGCGCCGGCCGGGUUGGUCGUGGGCGCGACGCGCGGCGGAGCAGGGACAGAUGCUCUCUUGCUUUCCUACAAUUUCUCCAUCACAUCUCAGGCCAGGCCUGGACAACCGUGGUGUGAGAUUCAAGGCCAGGUCAAUGGAAACGAGUUUCUUUAUUAUGCCCGUGGAAGCAAGCGGGUCAUAUCUGUUGGUCCUUGGGGGAUGAAGCUGAAGGACACAGCAUUUUGGGACACACAGAUGGAAACUCUGGAGGACCUGGGGGAAGAGCUCAGAAAGAAACUGCUGGACAUCAAAGCCGAGAUUUUCACUAAGAGCGAUUCUCUCACCAUGCAGGGCUGGCUCAUGUGUGAACGUGGGGCAGACGGACACAGCAGAGGAUCCUGGCAGUUUGUCUUCAAUGAGCAGUUAACCUGCCUCUUUGACCCGGAGAACAGAAAGUGGAUACAGUUUCCUCCUGGAGGCCAACAGGUUAAGGACAAGUUGGACAGUGACAGAGAGCUGACCGAGCUCCUCAUGAAGAUCGCGAACGGAGACUGUAAGAGAUGGCUACAGAAACUGCGGGAGCACAGCAACGAGAUGCAGGAGACCACAGGAGCAACGGCCACAACCCUGCCUGUAGCUCUGGUCAAAGGCGCAGCCAUCAGGCCGAUCACUUCUGUCCUCCUUGUGGUCCUCACACACUUAAUCCUCCUUGUUGUCCAAGGCAUAAUCCUUUGAGUAACAGAGGUGAAGUUGCUACAGAAGGCCUGAGGAUCUGCUCUCCUGCACCCGCUCUCCCUUCUGAUGAGUGGCUUCUACCUGCUGUCCAUGUCCACCAACGGGACCUUUGAUCCUUGUGGUGAAGGUGAAAUGCUCCAGUCCUCCAGGAGAUCAAGAUUAUGGUGGAGAUGGAGUAUUUCCCUGCCUUCAUUCGUGGUGAUGAUGACCCACUUCUGCACUUUUUCAUAACAUGGAUCCUCUGGUAAUUGUAAGGACCUAUUUAGCCAGAGCGACUCCAUCUUGGGUA